GCUGGAGAGUCUAGGAACAGCGAGAUCUGCUGUGUGCAGAUGUAUUAGAAAGCCUAAAAGCCUAAAAUAGACACAUUCUGUAGUAGUCUGUUCCCCGACUACUUAAAACUUUCGCUUAGAACCCCUUAAAACUUCCAGAUGGGGUUGUGUGACAGAUGCGCGCGACUUCUGGACGACUUUAAAAGUCUGGUGAAAGCGAAGGCGGCGAUUUUUGUGCAGAAACUCAAGGAUGUUGUAAAUAGGAUCUCGGAAUGCUGCUGUUCGAAAAAAGCUUUGGCAUCUCAAGAAAAACUUCAUGAGCUCCUCCGUCGACACGAUGUGAAAAGCAGACCUUCUCACUUGACCACAGCACAGAGUCGUGUCCCCGCUGCAUUUCUGGAGACAUGCUGUACUCUCCUGCAGUCAGAGGACAUGGAGGUUCAGAGGACAGUCUCUCUGUCCAUGCUCAAUCUUCUCACAGACAGCAAAAUAAAAGAAGAGCAUGUCAUUGAGAUGGGCGUUCUGGAGCCACUUGUUGAUCUGCUGCAGUCGGGUGAUCGUACAGUUCAGUGUAACUCCAGUGCCUGUAUUGCUUUGCUAGCCUCCUCAGAUUCAAACCGAGAGGCUAUUGUGUCCUCUGAUGCUGUGCUACCUCUGCUUGUUUUGGCAAGGGCCUUUGAUCCAAAAGUUCAACAAAAUGCUGUCAGAGCUCUUCAUAAUCUCACCAAAUCUGAGAAAGCAAUGUGUGUGCUGUGUGAGGAGGGGGUUAUACCUGUGCUGGCUCUUCUGUUACAGUCAGCUGAUUCUGACGUCCAGUUCUACAGCUGUUCUGCAUUGAGUAACAUUGCUGCAGCUCCAAAGCAUCAUUCAAAAUUGCUCCAAAUUGGUGACCGUUUCCUGCUGAAAUCCCUGGUCUCACUUAUGGGCUCAUCUGUACUCAAGAAUUCUACUCAGGCCUGUGGGUGUCUCAGGAGCCUCAUUGGAAAUGGUGAGGCACAGCGGCAACUGGUUGGGCUGGACUGGGUAUACCCACUGCUGACCCUGCUGAAGGCCCCAGAGCUCAGCUCCUCCGAGGCUGCCGUAAUGCUGCUUUCUGAGCUCUCUGCCCAUCCACUCAACAAAGAGUCUCUGGUGAAUCAGGGUGUGGUACCCAUUUUAGGGGAGCUACUUCUAAUGUAUCUGCCUAACUCUACUUUAGUAACUCACUGUGCCAUCACCCUCACACACCUCUGGGAUAUUGUGGCGAGCCAGGAGACUGUACUGGAGACAGAGUGUCUAACUGGGCUUCUUCUGGCUCUUGGGUUUGAUUGGAAUGAAAAUGACAAUGUUUUAAGUAUACUAGCCUGCCUCCAUUCACUGGCUUCUUUUGACUCCCUCAGAUCACGUCUUAUUGAGAAAAUGACUGCUUCUCAUGUUGGCAGACUUGUGAGCAUCUCCAGCGAAAGUGAAAACUCUGACUUGUCUUUUGCUGCUGGUUCUGUAAUCAGCAAAUUAGACAUGAAUGAUAAACUGCUUAAACCUCACCACAGAGCCAUUGUAGGAUACUUGAUGAGAUUCCUUCGCAAUCAAGAAGUGAGAUUUCAACAGCUUGCAAUUGCCAGCGUGUAUAAUCUAAAAAAAGGUGGAGGGCUGGAUGGAAUGACGUGUGGGUUGGAGCUGGAAAGGGAACUGAACAGAGUUCAGCAGCAGACUGAACACACCAGACAGCUGCUCCAGAUGCUUCAGCAGGACACCUGCACCUGA